UUUUGGGGGAUUUGAUCAAGCGAACUUGCAGAAAUGGCGUGCGAUUCGUCGACGUGUCAAUCAGGUUGCUACCGGGACGACGAUUCCGCCGCCGAGGACGGCCAGAGACGGCGUGAGAAUGGAGGGGGAUCCAAUUGCGGCUCCGGUGGUUAUGGAUUAUGCAUCAAAUGCAAGGUUAAUGAAGCCAUGGCUACCACCGACCCUGCUGUUGCUGGCGGCAGUGGAGACGGCGGAAGAUUCUGCGCGGAUUGCUUUCGGAGUAACUUGUUCGGGAAGUUUCGAUUUGCUGUUACUUCUAACGCCAUGAUUUCUCCUUCCGAUAAUGUUCUUGUCGCAUUCUCCGGCGGUUCUUCUUCUAGAGUGGCUCUGCAAUUCGUUCACGAGAUGCAACACAAAGCACAGAAGAAUUUUGAUGCAAGUAGAGAUAGAUUACUACCAGUUUUCGGGGUUGGUGUUGCUUAUAUAGAUGAAAGGGCCAUUUAUCCUGUAGCUUCUAAUGAUUUUGAUCGAUCAGUUAAUGAGAUGGAGCUCAUAACCGCGAGUUUAGCUCCGCCAAAGAAACAAUUUUUUAUUGUCCCGAUAGAAAAUCUUUAUUCUACUGAUUCGGCGGUUGGAAGGCAAAAGUUGACCGAGUUACUCGAUGCUGUCGAUGAUGUUACUGGAAAAGAAGAUCUCGUUCAUUAUCUGCAGAUGCAAUCUUUACAAAAGGUUGCGUUUGAAAAUGGAUACACCAAAAUCAUGUUGGGCACGUGCACAUACCGGAUAGCAUGUCAUGUUCUAGAAGCUACUGUCAAGGGCCAAGGUUUCUCUUUAGCUGCAGAUAUUCAAUAUGUUGAUGCAAGAUCGAGGGUGCCAGUGGUGCUUCCCCUUCGCGACUGUCUCUCUGAAGAGUUGAAAAUGUUAUGCAGCCUUGAAAGAUUAAGGACUACAGAAGCAUUUCAGCAACCUCGCACGGGCAUCAAUGGCCUGAUAGCAUCGUUUGUGAGAGUGUUGAAGGACGACAAUCCCUCGCGCGAAAGCACCAUUGUCAGGACUGCAGGGAAGCUGACGCCUUUCUCCUUCAACAGAAUUCCCGAAGACGGCGACCACAGCAACCAAUUAGCUUCUAAGAGGAGGCAAAAGAAAUAUAACUUGAAGCCUAACGAAUCCUUACCCCCGGACUCCUAUUGUCUCAUCUGCAAUAGCCCGCUUAAGAAAUCCCCCGACACAAAUUCAACGAUUUCUGAACAUACGUGCCCAAGUUGCCAGUAUCAGAUUCUUCCGAAGGAUCUUAGAACACUCGAGAAUUUUAUUUCACUUCUCCCGGCAUCCUUGACAGCUCAAGUAGAUAAUUCCUACGUCAACCAAAAGCUGCUGAGGGACCAAAUACGAGACUUUUUGUUGUCGGAUAGUGACGAUGGGACCUGAAUUAUGACUUCCUCGACUCUGUCGGUGCACAAUUAAGGUGUCACUGAUUGAAUGUGGGAUGGAGGAUAAGGAGCUAACCACUCAGUACCGGAUUCUUAUUACAUGUGGAGUGGAUGAUAUGUCUGAAUGGAUCGGGGAGUCAAUCGACUGAAGAUUGCUCGGAGUAUUUUGAUUCUGAAGGUUAGCUCCUUUGUCACACCUUAUGGUUUUGUUGUUGAUUAUUGGAAUAUUAUUUAUGGGUAACUUUUUGUGGUGAUCGACCUUAAAUAGUGUUCUUUUUUGAGUUUU